AUGGCGGGGUCCGGAGUGGUGUCCAGGGGGGCAGCGGGCGGCUCCAUUUCUUGCGGGGCGGCGGGAAGCGGCCGGCGGCUGUGGCAGGGAAGCGAGGAGCGAGCGGAGCAUCCAGCCCGGGUGCGAGCCCGGGGAGAGGAGGAGACUUCGGCUCAGAGCAUCAGGGAGACGCGGACGGGCAGCGAACAAACUCCGGGCGCUCCUCGCCAGCCGCUGCCCGCGGCCGCCUCAUCACUGCCCGCGGCGGAGAGGGGCAGGUGGGAGCGCGGUGCCGCCUCCCGGCGCUGCCCGUCCCCUCCCCGCCCCGCCGAGCUCCGCCGGCGGCGGGAGCUGCUCAGGAAGCGGGAGCCUCCUCAGCCUCCCCUCGCCAUGGCGGGCUCUGCCUCCUCCUUCUCCCGGAGCCGAGCCUCAGGGGGAAGAGCUGUCCAGGGACUGUCCAAAGCAGGAGCGCUCCCGCCGCUCCCGAGGGCUGCGGAUGCCGGCCCUGCGCAGCGAGGCCCCGUCCGCCUCGCCUCCCCUCACACAGAGAUAUGGGUACGGUGGAUGGGUGCAGCUGGAUCAUCACUGCAAGGAGUCACAGUCCAAGUCCUGUCCACAGUCCCUGUGAUGUUCAGCUACUGGGCCAAACCUCAGGAUACUUUAGAUCUCGCCCAGAUAUUAAAUAAUGACUUAGCAGCUACAGUAAAAAAGUACCCCAAGAGGUUUAUUGGGCUGGGCACGUUACCUCUGCAAGCUCCAGACCUGGCUGUGAAGGAAAUGCAUCGCUGUGUGAAUGAACUUGGAUUUCCAGGAGUGCAGAUAGGAUCUCAUGUCAAUGAGUGGGACCUGAAUGCCCCAGAGCUGUACGAUAUUUAUGCUGCUGCUGAGACAUUAAAUUGCUGUCUCUUUGUGCAUCCCUGGGACAUGCAGAUAGAUGGGAGGAUGUCCAAAUAUUGGUUUCCCUGGCUAAUAGGCAUGCCAACAGAAACAACCAUGGCCAUUUGCUCCAUGAUUAUGGGAGGAAUUUUUGAAAAAUUCCCUAGGCUGAAAGUUUGCUUUGCACAUGGAGGUGGAGCUUUUCCAUACACAGUGGGGCGAAUCUCCCAUGGAUUCAAUGUGCGCCCUGAUUUGUGCGCCAUGGAUAAUAAGGUGGAUCCAAGAAAAUACCUUGGCUCAUUUUACACAGACUCUCUUGUCCAUGACCGUGGGGCACUAAGGCUGCUCACAAAUGUAGUAGGAGAGGACAAAGUUAUUUUGGGGACAGAUUACCCUUUUCCACUUGGGGAACUGGAACCUGGAAAAUUAAUUGAUUCAAUGGAUGAUUUUGACCAUAAACUGAAGGAUAAACUCAAGGCUGGAAAUGCUCUGGAAUUUUUGGGUCUUAGCAGUAAACAAUUUGAAUAAUCAUGAAGUACUAAAGAGGCUAAACUUCGGAAAUAACACUGAAUCCUUUGGGAUAUUUCUACUGGCAUGGGCAAUUGUACACAUGAAAAAUAAAACUGACAAUUAUC